UGAGGUGGCUGGUUGGAACAGACUAAAACUUCCUCUCCUCGCCACAAUUUUUCAAGACAAGCAGCAGAGAAUCGUCUCCCCCCCUCCCCCAGAUCUGGGCUCCGGCAUGGCCAAAUAUCUUGUCUCUGUGUCCACGAGCAAUGUUUUCCACUUGGGCACCGUCGAUCCCAUUUCCCUCUCCUUCGUGGGCACCGAAGGCGAGAGCCCCCCAAUCAGUCUGGGCAGCUUGACCUCCAAGUUCUUCACCGCAGAGGAAAGUAAAUAUGAAGUUACUUGUGAGCAUGACCUGGGAGAAAUUUUGCUCCUCUGUCUCCAAAGAGAACCUUUGCUUGGUAUCUUCUCAACCCCCUGGUACUGUAAUUUUGUCACGGUGAUCUCCCCGCGGGGCCAAAACUAUACUUUUCCAUGCUACCAGUGGCUUCAAGACCUUGAGAAGCUGGAGCUCCGGGAAGGGACAGCAAAAACGGCUGCGAUGGACACGCUCCCCUUGCUCCAAAAGCACCGCGAGGAACAGCUGAAGAGGAGGCAGGUGGACUACAGAUGGAAGACGUUGGUUGAGGGCAUCCCCCGCUGCCUGGACGUUGAAUCGGUCAAGCAAUUGGACACAGAUAUCAAGUUUUCUUUUGUGAAGUCAUCGGUGUUUCAGACACGCUCCAAGGCCAAGAAGGUGGAACUGAAGCUGAAGGGGUUUUCUGACAGCCAAGAGUCCUGGAAGGAGCUGGAGCACAUCAAGGAGGUCUUCUGGUUCAAUAAGACCCGUCUGUCAGAAUACACCACAGAGCAGUGGAAGAAUGAUGAGUUCUUUGCAUACCAGUUCCUAAAUGGACUGAACCCCCAGAUGAUCAAGAAAUGCACAGAGAUCCCCUCCAAAUUCCCCGUGACCCAGGAGAUGGUAGGCAGAUCCCUGGGCUGCGGCACCACGCUAGAGAAGGAACUCGAGAAAGGGACCAUUUUCCUUGUCGACUAUGGCAUCCUGGAGGGGGUCCCCGCAGGCUUCAAUAAUCACAAGAAGCAGUUCAUCACAGCCCCGCUCUGCCUGCUGCACCUCUCGCCCCAGAAUCGGCUGGUGCCCCUCGCCAUCCAGCUGAGCCAGACCCCCGGCCCGGAGGCUCCCAUCUUCCUGCCGAGUGAUUCUGAGUGGGACUGGAUCUUGGCCAAGACCUGGGUGCGCAACGCCGACUUCCAUGUUCACCAGGCCCUCACCCACUUGCUCCACACACACCUGAUAGCUGAGGUGUUCACCCUGGCCACCCUCCGCCAGCUGCCGAUGUGCCACCCGCUCUACAAGCUCUUAAUACCCCACACCCGCUUCACCCUUCACAUCAACACGCUGGCCCGGGAACGUCUCAUUGGGAAGGACGGCGUCUUCGACAAGGCAACUGGCACUGGCUACGAAGGCCUCAUGGUACUUCUGCAGAAGGGCACAGAAGCCCUGACUUACUCCUCCCUCUGCCUGGGGGAGGAGCUGGACGCUCGUGGGGUGACUGCCAUGCCCAGUUACUACUACAGAGAUGAUGGCCUCAAGAUCUGGAAGGCUGUGGAAAGCUUUGUCUCGGGCAUCGUUGACUUGUAUUAUAAAAGUGAUUCCUCUGUAAGGGAAGAUUCUGAGCUGCAAUGCUGGAUACAGGAGAUCUUUGUGGAAGGGUUUCUGAAGCGCAAGUCCUCGGGCAUCCCCUCCUCUCUAGGCAAUUUGGCGGAGCUCAAGAAGUUCUUGACUAUGGUGGUUUAUACCUGCUCAGCUCAGCACAGCGCUGUGAAUAGUGGGCAGUAUGAUUGGGGUGCCUGGAUGCCCAACUUCCCCCCCUCCAUGAGGACACCCCCUCCGAAGACCAAAGGCACCGCCAACGAGCAGGAGUACAAAGAGACGAUCCCUGCGAUCAACACCACCUGCACCAUCCUCAGCACCCUCUGGCUGCUCAGUGCUGAUCCCGUAGACAUGAUACCCCUGGGGAAUUACCCAGAGGAGCAUUUCACUGAGGAUGAGCCUAAGAGGUUAAUGAAGACCUUCAAGGAACACCUGGAUAAGAUUUCCAAGGAAAUCCAGGAGAGAAACCAGAUGCUGGACGUGGUCUCCAUUGGCUACACAGACCUCUACCCUCCAGGCAUCGAGAACAGUGUCUCCAUAUAGUUAGAUCCAGAGGAGUUAGCCAUGUUAGUCUGUAGUAGCAAAAUCAAAAAGAGUCCAGUAGCACCUUUAAGACUAACC